GAUGGCGGGUUGUGAUGGACGCUUUGUAAUUUUUCUUACUUUCAUGACUGCGUUGGCAUGGUUUCCUGGCAUUGAGUGUUCAGAUUAUGGUAGAUUAAAUGUGUAUGAGUCCAGCACGCUGAAGGAGAAGAUUGAGCUGUCCAGACAUCACCCCCUAUGUGUAGUGUUGAGGAUAGCAGAUAAAGACACAAGACUUGAAGACAGUGUAAACACAUUGGUGGUCAAGGAAGGAAAUGGAGGGGGAAACAAAUUCAAAAAGUGGCAGUUUGGUUCUUUUGCUUUUGAGAAGGUCACUCUUCCACCCAUACAUAGACCUGUGUCUUUCCCUACCCUGAGGUGUUACACCGGAAAACAUACGUACCAGGAGUUCAAUGGAAAACACUCCACAAAGGCAGUGUCUAAGUGGCUGGAAAGACUGGUCCUGCAGCAAGCAAAGUACCUGGAGGAUGCGUCCAUGUCUGCUGUGGAGCUGGCACAGGAGCAAUUCAACACGGUCCUCAUAGCCUUCCCCGACACCGCCCGGCACGCUCAAAUAGAGGAAAUGGUCUUCCAAGAAAAAGAAAAGUUGUCUAAUGCCAAGGCAUUCAUUGUGCAUGAAGAUGCUACAGAUUUAAAAAUUUUCAAAAACAAAUUCAAGAUGAGAAAACUACCUGCUGUGGUCGUAACACACAAGGAUAACGUUAACGACACGGGUCCUACAACUGUAAAGGUGUUAUCAGGAGUGACUUUGACACAGCAGUCACUGGGUGUGUGUCUCCAGGCUAGACACAUGGGGAUACCCCACUAUGACAUGGCAAGAUUCAAGUCACUGAUGGAGACCUCUGGGAGUUUUGUGCCAACACUGGUCGGGUUCUACUCAUACUUUGGGAGCCAUGCCCAGCUCUAUCUGCGACUGCUCAGUAACAGUGUAGAGGAGUUUAGAGAUAUGGGAGUGAACGUAAGAUUCGGACUGGUGAAUAUUGAGGAAGCAGACAUAAACUUGAUCUUAUCAAGAUGGGUAGAUCCAAAACUGACAUUGUCGUUUCCUGUGGCUAUUCUGUACUACUGGGAUAAUUCUAGUAAAAUAGCUCAAAUAAAAGUGUCUGAACAGAGGCUCACUCCCUUAAACCUACACCGUGUCCUCAAGGAGACUGUGGGCUUCGUGGACCGUGAGGGACAGGAGGUGCCAUACAACCCACUCCACGGCUACAACCCUCUCGAGAUAUCUGCUGUGUUCGAGGGACCACUGGGAACAAAAUGCUCUCAACAUUCUCAUAACUUGACAGACAAUUAUCCAAUUCAAGUACAACCAGUCAAACGCAAGAGGAAGGUGCACGUGGUGACAGUGGAGAAAAAAGAAGAGGUUAAACUCUGGCAUGAUAUGUUCGGAACGGAGACUAUUAAUAAAAAUUUGGACAUGGUGGAAAAUAUCCCGGUACUGACCGGCCAGUAUUGGUCCGAAGUCAUUGAGAAGUCACAUGCCCCACAGCAUCCCCUUCAGGGAGGCAGAGAGUGGGCAGGGGAGGUAACCAAGGUGGCACUUGUGGUCUUUGUAAUGGCAGAAUGCAGGAGUUGUAAGAACAGUAUGCCAGUUUUUGAAAAUUUAGAGAAAUCUGUCAAGUAUAUUGAAGGUGGAUCUAUGUACUUGGUCAACUGUUCAGUGGACCAUGCCCUAUGUAAAAAUCUCGACAUUCGUGGUUACCCAACCGUAACAGCAUUCCGGGGCCUGGGCUGGCUCCACAGUAGUCGCUGCAUAGGAGAUGAGGCGGAGAAACUUGCCCAGCACAACAACUAUGUCAGACUGGACUACCAUGGCGUGUUACUACAUGAUAAUAUAAUGGAUUGGUUUGCCCGGGUGUCUGCUCCAGCCAUUACCGACAACCUGUUUGACUGGCCAGAUGCUAAGGCAGAUGAUGUGAGUCUAUUUGGUGUGUUGACGCCAAAGAAAUCUGACUUCCUGCCAAUCCCGCCUCAGAGGAGUAUUGACUACUACUACUCCUACGAGUGUUUUCGUCUGGUCUGUGAACGCCUGUAUGGGAAGGUACACUGUCACAGCGUGUACAAUAGAGAUAUACCAGAACGCGAGUUUGAAGAUGAUGAUCUGGACCUCAUUGUCUCCAAGGUGAUCCUGAAGAGAAAAGAUGGUGUGAGUGCUGUCAUCAUGAAGCUGGGCACAAGCUUACAGGACACAGUGGAGGAUGAGUCGGACACAAAUUUACACAAGUUUCACAAACCGCACAGGUACAACCUGAGACCUAACACAAGGUGUGAACAGGACCAUGUAGCAUGUACAAACCUGAUCAUAGCCUACACCAUGGAUCACUCCAGACUCCCGGUCACCCAGCUCACCUCAGACCUGUUUCACAUUCACUCCAGCGAGAGUAUGAAGGACAGUCUGCCAGUGAUGAUGGCUCUGGUACACCGGCAAAACAUCACAGAGGACUCACAGUUCAUCAAGGAGCUGAGAGCGGUUGCUUACGAGUUGUACAAUAACAUGGAGGUGGUGACAGUGGAUGCUGAUGACUACCGGGGCUGGGCUGUUCGAUUUGUGCCCGAAGGAUACUCCAUGACAGUUGCUAUGGAUGGCGAGGACCCCCUGGAUAUGCAUGUGUUUCCACGUAUCUGCUUUGUAAAGAGAGACAAUCACAGGCGUGCAGCAUUUUACCCUCCGGUAGGGUCUGACCUCAAAGAUGAGAGCUGGUUUCAAAAGGAAAAUCUUCUCAACUUUGCUAGAAAAGUUCUGUCUAGACCUGAAAAACAUAUGAUAGGCACAGACCACUUUUAAGUAUUAUUGUUUGUGUAAUCAGGAAAGCCCUGUCCUAACCCAAUGUUUUAAGUAGUCUAACUGUGUAUUCUAAACAUGUUUUUUAAAAUGUAGUUUGAGAGAAAUUUGCAUAGCAAGAAGAUUUUGCAGCUAAAAAAAGUUUUAUCAUGAAAUUCAAGUUAUUUAUAACAUAUAUGCAAUUCAAAAUUUUUGCUAUCUAUCAUAUUUUGAUUUUCUAAUUCUGUGGCUAAGUGUCGUGAUUUUAGGUAUAUAUAUUUAUAUCUAAAAGUCUGAUUUGACCAAUUUGAGUAUUGGUCCUAUAGCUAUCAAGAUAUACAUCACGUAUAAGCCUAAACGGUAUUUGUUUUUUGAGAAACCCAAAACAUGUGUUAAGAUGAAGAAGAAAACGGUUGCUGCAAUUUAUUUUGCAAAUCUAAAUAUACAGUGGUUUUUAUUUUCUUGGUCAAAUUUUGUAUUUGCAAAAUCAUCAAAAAAAUAAUAAUGUGAAUAUAACCCAAGUUGUCCCCAGAGCCAGUCUUUUAUCACUUUUGUUUGUCUAUGAAAACAAAGUAAGAAUAUUAUUAUACACGAAAAAAGAAAUGACAAUGGGACUACGCUGCAAUAUUUCUUGAAAAGAAUCAAACUGAAUUCUACCAAAAUCUCACAUCUUCAUUUUGAAUUCUGUGGAUUGCUAGAGAUCUAUAACAGUGCUGUAAAUGAAAUAAGAGAUGAAAUCUCUCAACAAUCACCUUGAAUUAUUGCGAAGAAACCUGUGUUGGGCAAAGAAGUUUAUAAUACAUCCAAGGUAUCAUAUAUUUAUAUUAAUUUAACAUUUGACAAGGAGAUUUAUAACACAUAUCAUACAUUUAAAAAAUGUAUAUCCAGUUGGUAUAGUUUUUCAUUAAAUUCAUAUGUUGUAGUUCGGAUAGGUUUAAUAGGAUGUUUUAGUAGACCUAUACAUAUUUAUAUUUUUAUUUAUAUUGAUAUUUUUGUAUACAGCUGUUUUGUCUGAUAUCAUUCCAUCAUCUCUAUACGAAUAUGAUCAAAACUAAAACGAUCUCAAAUAGUUUUUGAUUUUCAUGUUUUCUAUCCUGUAAGUAAUUUAUAUGACUUAUUGAAUUUUUAAUCAAACAAACAACUGAUGUGACACACGUAUUUUAGAUGAAGUCAAAUACCAGUUACAAUAAGCAGGUCUUAAGCACUUGUUUUGAUUUUCGUCCAUGAUCUUACACUCAAAAGAUACAACAUCAGUAAAAAUAAUGGUGUUCUUAGAGUUUUUGUCAAGUAGUACAUACUAUUUUGCCUUGAACACAUGAAAAACAAGUUCAAAAUACAAAAAGUACGAAAGAGAAUCAUACCAUCUAAAAGGCAAGAAUUUUACAAAAACAUGUGUACAUAUUCCUUAAAUUUAAGUCAAUUUUCAAUCCCAUAGUUUUUUAUGUGUAUCUGUGAUAACUUGGAAACAUAGUAUUUUCUGAAAUUCAUAGUUCUAAUGAUUUGACAUGGAUAGAUAUUGGCUGAACAUUAUUAAACAUCGUUAUAACAUUAUUGAGUGUAUUCACUACAUUAUUAUCUGUGUGUGUGAUGUUACAUUAUUGCAUGAGUGUAUUCACUAAAUUAUUACCUGUGUGUGUGAUGUUACAUUAUUGAGUGUAGUUACUACAUUAUUAUCUGUGUGUGUGAUGUUACAUUGUUUAAUAUUAACAGGGACAGUAUAUCACUAUACGUCCCUGAUAUUAAUUAGUACUAAUUGACAACAGUGAUCACCUUUCUGUUUGUUGUAACCUAUCAUUGUACAUUAUAAAAACAAUUUACAUAGGAGAGCUGGACCUCUCAAAUACAUGUACCAUAUUUAUAGUGUUAACGCUACUAAGAAACUGGUUUUCUAGCCACGACAUGAGUAUACAUAUAUAUAAUAUGUCCGUCUAUGCAAUAGAAAUAUUUAUGCAGAUAUAUUUCCUUAUAUAUUUAAUAAUAUUUUAGCUCGCCUGAGUCCCAGGCUGCCACUCAUGUGAGUCAUUUCUAUAAUAAUCCGUUCAUUAAACACUUUCCAGAGUUUUUCACAUUUACAAUUCAACUGAAAAAAGUACUACUGACAGAUUUCAAAUGAAUUUGUCAGAAAUGAUCCUCAAAUGACUGGGAACAAACUUUGUUUCUCUCAAAAGGAUCAAUUUUUUAAAAUGGCUACUAUCAUAACAUUUUUGCUUUACUUUUUGGUUUUUGUAUUUAUAAAUAUUAAAAUUUCAUUCGGAGGAAUGAAAAGCAUGUGAUCCAUACUAUAAAGUGAUCUUUAGUUGGCUCGGGAAUCUAAGAUGGCCACCAUCCUGAUUUUUUUUUACAACUCUCUACUGUUAGUUAAACUGUUACUCUUGUGAGCAACAAUCCCUGUAAAAAAAAUCAAAGUUGUAUGGGAGAACCUUUCAAAAUCGAAGUUUGUUUCCUAAUUUUUUUGUUUGUUUGUAAAGUUUCGUAUUUGCCUAUACAAUUGUCUUUAAAUUGCCACUAAUAUAUUUAGCAUAUUUCGCUAAUGUAAUGUAAGUAACAUUUUACUCUACGCAUACAUAGUUACUUCCCUUUGACUAAUAAAAAUUC